CCCAGCAACAUGCAUCUUGCCGGUUUGGUCCGCUCCUGCUCCCUCCUCCUGCUGCUGGGGGCCCUGCCUGGCUGGGCAGCCAGCGAUGACCCCAUUGAGAAGGUCAUUGAAGGGAUCAACCGGGGGCUGAGCAAUGCAGAGAGAGAGGUGGGCAAAGCCCUGGAAGGCAUCAAUAAUGGAAUCACCCAUGCCGGAAGGGAAGUGGAGAAAGUUUUUAAUGGACUCAGCAACAUGGGGAGCCAGGCCGGCAAGGAGUUGGACAAGGGCGUCCAGGGGCUCAACAACGGCUUGGACAAGGUAGCGCAUGACAUCAAUGGUGGAAUUGGACAAGCAGGAAAGGAAGCAGAGAAGUUUGCUCAUGGGGUCCACAACACUGCUGGACAGGUUGGGAAGGAAGCAGACAAAGUGAUCCACCAUGGGGUCAGCCAGGCGGGAAGUGAAGCAGGGAGGUUUGGGCAGGGGGCCCACCAUGCUUUUGGGCAGGCUGGGAACGAGGCUGAGAAGUUUGGGCAGGGGGCCCACCAUGCUGCUGGGCAGGCUGGGAAGGAGGCAGAGAAGUUUGGGCAGGGGGCCCACCAUGCUGCUGGGCAGGCUGGGAAGGAGGCAGAGAAAUUUGGGCAGGGGGCCCACAAUGCUUUCGGGCAGGCUGGGAAGGAGGCAGAGAAGUUUGGGCAGGGGGCCCACCAUGCUGCUGGGCAGGCUGGGAAGGAGGCAGAGAAGUUUGGGCAGGGGGCCCACCAUGCUGCUGGGCAGGCUGGGAAGGAGGCAGAGAAGUUUGGGCAGGGGGCCCACCAUGCUGCUGGGCAGGCUGGGAAGGAGGCAGAGAAGUUUGGGCAGGGGGCCCACCAUGGUGCUGGGCAGGCUGGGAAGGAGGCAGAGAAGUUUGGGCAGGGGGGCCACCAUGCUUUUGGGCAGGCUGGAAAGGAGGCAGAGAAAUUUGGGCAGGGGGCCCACCAUGCUUUUGGGCAGGCUGGGAAGGAGGCAGAGAAAUUUGGGCAGGGGGCCCACCAUGCUUUUGGGCAGGCUGGGAAGGAGGCAGAGAAAUUUGGGCAGGGGGCCCACCAUGCUUUUGGGCAGGCUGGGAAGGAGGCAGAGAAAUUUGGGCAGGGGGCCCACCAUGCUUUUGGGCAGGCUGGGAAGGAGGCAGAGAAGUUUGGGCAGGGGGCCCACCAUGCUGCUGGGCAGGCUGGGAAAGAGGGAGACAAAGUAGUCCAAGGGGUCCAUCAUGGAGUCAACCAGGUUGGAAGGGAGGUGGAUCAGUUUGGCAAUGAUGUCCAUUAUGCUGCAGGGCAGGCUGGGAAUGAGGGAGACAAAUUAGUCCCUGGUGUCCAUCCUGGGGUCAACCAGGCUGGGAAGGAGGUGGAGCAGUUUGGCCAGGGAGUUCACCAUACCGUUGAACAGGCUGGAAAGGAAGCAGACAAAGUGGUCCAAGGGGCCUACAGUGGGGUCAACCAGGCCGGGAAGGAGGCAGAGAAACUUGGCCAAGGCGUCCACCAUGCUGCUGGCCAGGCCGGAAAGGAAGCGGAGAAACUUGGCCAAGGUGUCCACCAUGCCGCUGGCCAGGCCGGGAAGGAGGUGGACAGGUUGCAGCAGGAUGUUCAUAAUGGGGUCAACCAAGCCGGCAAGGAGGCCAACCAGCUGCCGAAUGCCAGUCAUCAAGGCGGGUCUUCCGCCCAGCACGGAGGGGCCGCAACCACCACAUUAACAUCUGGAGCCUCGGUCAACAAGCCCUUCAUCAGCUUUCCAGCUCUGUGGCGGAGCGUCGCCAACAUCAUGCCCUGAACUGACGCCCUGGCCUUGCUGGGCAGAUUAAUAUUCCUGUUGUCAUACCCACUGAAAUGACCUGGAAGAGGUGGGGGUGGGGGGAUAGG